CCACCCUCUCUCUCCGCGAGGAGGGAAUGACGCAUUUCUCGGUAAAUACGUUCUCACAGAAGCCGAGUUUCAGAGUUGGGCUUCUCAUUCCGCGCGAUUCCACGAAAGUAAUCCCUCGCAGAAUCUAUCUGACGCGGCAGUGGAAGAGAAUAAACGGCAUCUAAUCAUCCGCGCGUCGACCGUGCGACCGCUUUUAACGUUCUGCAUAUAUGGCUUUGUGACACUUGCGGGCCGCGCGCGAGUCGCCCCGGGAAAAGAGGGAAGGAAAAAAAAAGAUGGUCCAGCCACGCGCCUCAACGAGCGUCGUCUGUUUCCUGAUCGCGACCGUCCAUCUCUGCUCGUGCAUGCGUUACGACAAUUAUAACGAGUAUGCCCUCGAGAAUGAGAGGUUCUGUCAUCCUUUGAACAAGAAGCACUCGCACGAUGUACACAAUAGUACCGCGACGAUCGUCAGGUCGCAUCACAUGUUCGAUAGUUGGAUCGUGAAACGCAAUCUUACGUGCAUGUUCACCUUCAAGAUUGCGAGAAACGAAGGCAUCUUUGCGGUUAUCCAGAGAAUGUCUUUUCGACAAAACGGCAAUCAGUGUUUGGAUUAUGUACGGUUUAAGAGAACUGAUGGUCAUCAUACAGAAAAAUUAUGUGGGAAGAUAAAUCACCAGACAACGUACUUUCCGAUUAUUGAAUCUGAAGAUAAUUUACAUAAUAUGAAUGACACCUUGCUGCAAUCAUAUGACAAGUAUGCCGAGUUUGAUCCCAUUAGAAAAUGGAAAUUUCCAAUGGAUUCAGAAUUUGAAACUGAGAUAUUCAUCUCCAAGGAGAGACUGUUGGAUGGAGAAAAUCUGGAUCUUAGUAUAGUCUAUACUCCAUACAGAAAUUGCAAAAAGCUGGAUCCCGAACGAUUCAAACCAGUUGGACGUAACCUUUGUAUUCGGAAGGAAUACCUGUGCGAUAUGAUUUACAAUUGUCCGUUCGGUAUCUGUUCGGAUGAAAUUAAUUGCUCAUAUAUAAUCACCGAUCGGUUUCCCAAAAACGAUACUGCCACGAAAGUCACUGUAGGAGCAGUCACCACCAUGAUCCUCUGCUUCAUUAUUUUCAUUAUGUGUUUGUGGAUCUGCAAGAAAUCUCGCAAGUUGUGCUGGUCAUCGGAUUGCGCCGGUCCGAACAUGUGCUCGCGGCCUAAUUCCUUACCGGACACGGACGGAGGUCUGGGAUCCAAUCGUGCAGUACCCACGGCUCCUAUGCUGGAGGUCGCAGUAUCUUCCCCUGUUGCGAACAAGGAUCUGCCUCCCAGUUAUGACUCGUUAUUUCCCGAACAUAGUAAUCCUGCCAGAUUGUAAGUUAUUGAAUCUGAUUAGAGUUAAGCAUUGAAUACAUCGUCUAAUGUUUUAAUUAGACGCCGUGUUGCGUACAUCCAUGUGACGUAACUAGAUCGCCCUUAUACAUAAAUUUGUUCCACAAAGUGUGAGCAAAAUUCUAUUGAAUAUAAGAGGAGGGCCUUGACAAACAAAAACUAAUAUGAAUCUAGCAUUAAUUUUGAUAUCGUGUACUAACACAAACUGAAAGAUAUAAGCAGCUUUAGAAUAUUGAUAUUACAGACGAAUAAUAAUGGAGAGAUUUGUAUAAUAAAUACGUAUAAUAGAGAUUCUUUUAGUAAUAAAUUUUUUUCUCAGACGAAUUCACAUUUUCUCUCAUAUUCCUCUCUUUUUAUGUGAAUAAGAAAGUCUUUAAAAAUCAAUUAAUUUUUUUAUAUAUGUCAAUUUUGAUAAAUUUGACCAAUGUAAUUAACUUUUACAAUCAAAACGCUUCACUAUAUAGUUACGUCACUGCACUGCAGUACUAUCAUACUAACAUGUUUGUUUCUUGUACAUUGAUGAAAUUACAAGGAAUGCACAAUUACUAUCUAACUCGGUUAAGUUUUGUUUUUUCUUAUAUAUAGCUUCUUUAAGUUUGAAUUUCAAUGGUUGAUAUUAUUUUCUAAUAAAUAUUAAAGAAAAUGUAUAUUGCAAGAUGUUUGUUCAUUAAUCAAUGAAAGAACAGAUUAUGAAAUCGCUUUUUGAUAUUUAACAAAAUAUGAUUUUACA